GGGAAUGCUGAGCCCGCUUUCAGGCUCGUUCCCUUCCGCUUUUUCUCAUUAGCGCCGAAGAACAAGCCGAGGAAGAGAGGGCGAAGGCGGACCCCCGGCCAUAAGAACGGGCGGCGGAGUUUAAAGGGGAACCCCCCCGGUGGGCGGAGCCGAGCUUCAAUGGCGCUUGCGCGUUGCUGACUUGCGCGCGAGGGAGUUUCCCGCACGCGCGCACCGAGUAGGCGCUGGGGAAAGCAAACAAACGGUCAGUGGUUCAUUUGAGCAAAUUGUUUAGCCUACAUGUGUUUCUGUACUUCCUGGAAGAAUGACAGAUGACAAAGAUGUGCUUAGAUAUGUGUGGUUUGGGCGAAUACCAGCCUGUUUUACUCUAUAUCAAGAUGAAAUUACUGAAAGGGAAGCUGAACCAUACUAUCUGCUUUUACCUAGAAUAAGCUACCUGACACUUGUAACAGACAAAGUGAAAAAACAUUUUCAGAAAGUUAUGAGACGAGAGGACAUUGGGGAAAUAUGGUUUGAAAGUGAAGGCACGCCAUUGAAAUGGCAUUAUCCAAUUGGUUUGCUUUUUGACCUUCAUGCAUCGAAUACAGCCCUUCCGUGGAAUAUUACAGUACAUUUCAAGAACUUUCCAGAAAAAGAUAUUCUGCACUGUCACUCUAAGGAUGUGAUAGAAGCUCAUUUCAUGGCUUGCAUAAAAGAAGCAGAUGCCUUAAAGCAUAAGAGUCAAGUAAUCAAUGAGAUGCAGAAAAAGGAUCAUAAGCAACUUUGGAUGGGCUUACAAAAUGACAAAUUUGAUCAGUUUUGGGCUAUAAACCGGAAACUCAUGGAGUACCCUCCAGAGGAAAGUGGAUUUCGUUACAUUCCCUUUAGAAUAUAUCAGGCAACAACUGAACGACCUUUUAUACAGAAGUUGUUUCGUCCUGUUGCUGCAGAUGGACAGCUGCAUACAUUGGGGGAUCUCCUAAAAGAUGCUUGCCCUGCUGCACUUAAUCCAGAAGAUGGUGAAAAGAAGAUUCAAGUGGUGAUUCAUGGAAUAGAACCAGUGUUGGAGGCACCAGUACAGUGGCUAAGUGAACAUAUGAGUUAUCCUGAUAAUUUUCUUCACAUUAGUGUUAUCCCCCAACCUACAGAUUGAAAUGUCAGCUUGUUUGCCAGGAGGAUCGGCUUCUGAUUGGAAAAAAACAAAGUCUCCUUGCUUUGUGAGGGCGACCUGAACAGAAAUCCUUGCUGCUGUAAGCCAAACAGGAAGCGAGAUCCUUCAUAUGAUAAGAGCAGUUGGGCUGGCUGUAUUUUGCUUCAGCCAUAUUUUCUCCACUGCUGCCAUUAACCUCAAGACUUUACAAGACUGCUGUAUAUCUCCUGUUUUCUAAUAUAAAAUAUGAAAGGAGAGCAUGGGGAUAAUUGGGAAUAUAUGCCCAUCUGUGUUUCUUAUUAAUCAAUAAACAGGGAUAUUUUCUAAAGUUGUAGUGACUUCUUGUUACAAUAAAUUUUGAUUUAAUCAGA